AUGGAGCUCUUCUACUUCGUGCUGCCCGCGCCCAACGUAGAGAAAAGCAAGGCCUUCUUCACCAAGGUCUUUGGCUGGAAAGGCUACGGCGGUGGACAGGGUGGACAUGUCGACUGCACCAACACUCCCUGUGGUCUCGGCGGUGAUGUGAACGAGGUGUAUUUCACUACCUUGGAUCUCCGCGGGACGCUCGAAAAAGUCGUUGCCCACGGUGGUACCAUCGUGAAGGAGACGGAGAACUCUGUCGGCAAGGCUGCGCACUGUCAAGACAACCAGGGAGUUCACCUUUGGUUUCAAGAGCCCAGUGCUGACCCACAUAUCCGUGAGCAUGCGUUGAACCCCAAGCGUGGCUCCGCAAACAGCGACCUCUUCUUCUUCUCCAUCCCGGCCCCCGAGGAGGCUAAGGCCCUGGACUUCUACACGGGAGUCAUGGGCUGGACGUUUGAUGAGAAAAAGGCGAAAGGCGGCAUGGGCGUCCAGAACACCGUAGGCCCCAGUGGUGGGCUGUCUGUGGGCAACGCGAAAUCUCAGUAUCCCAGCCUCUGGUUCCGCGUGGAUUCCGCCGAGGAAACCGUCCGCCUGGUGAAAGAAGCAGGCGGUAAAGGGGAGAUAUUUGAGGCGCCCGAGGGCAUCAUGAGCCAAUGUGAGGAUGACCAAGGCGUUGAGUUCGGAAUUGUGCAGCCAGCGCCCGGCUACUGA